AUGGUUCUCUACAGCGCAACGUACCACCAGGACAAGGAGGCCCGUCGCAUUGCGGCGCUUGAAGCCCAACUCCGCAUCUCGCACCCGUUCCGCCGCCCCGCCACCACCAAGUCGGCGGCCAAGUCCACGCCCAAGCCAGCUCCACGCUCUACUACUGCCACUGCGGUGCGCUCUGCGCCUCGCACCAGUAACACGCCGAUCGCGCGUCCUGCAUCGGAUUUGGCACGCGACCACAAGAUGGAGAUCGACCGUUUGCAAGCCGAGCACCAAGCUGCUUUGGCUGCCAUGACUGAGAAGCUCCAUGCUGCCCACGACCACGUGCUGGAGCUUGCGCACCGCGUCCUUCGGCGCGACGACACGAUCGCUGCGCUCCGCGAAAAGCUCGAGCGCCGCGUUGCACGCAAGGAGGCCCAGGUGCAGCACAUCAAGAUGCACUUGGUCGACGCCGACGCCACCAUUGCCAAGAACAAGACGACGAUUUCGGAGCUCCAAACAUGGGUCAAGAGCCUCGAGACCCAGAUUCACGCCGCCAUCGCCUCCAACGACUCGCUUCUCGCGACUCUGCAGCAGCCAACUCGAGCUUCUUUGUGGUCGAAUGGACCGCCGCACUCGACGGACGACUUGGACUCGCUCGCCUCGUCCGAGAUGGAGCCACUUGCAGAGCCAUCGUCUUGCGUUUCACCGACUUACCCCAUCAACAUCGUCCGCCAGCUCGUCAACGCCUCCUCCAACUACAACAACAGCCAGGACGAUGCGACUUGCCAGACACAUUGGAUGUACAGCUACCGGUACUAG